AUGACAUCAUUUUAUGCGAUUGGCACACAUAUAAAAGGUCCUGUACGAGUACUUGUGGGCUGAAAAUCUGCAAUAGCUUGUAACAACUGCCCAUCGAGAAUUCGUCAAUAAUAUUACACAUAAUUAUAAUAAUUACCUAUUAACAAUUAUUAUUAUUACACUCGCGAUGACGACAAUUACAUUGAUAGCUGCGUUGUUCGGUUGUCUUUUGCUACAUUCAUUUGUUCUUACAUCGACAGCCGGAAAAGUGCCAUCUUCAGAUUUACCGUUCGAGUUUAAUUACGACAAAGGAUCAACAAUUACCGAACAUAACGUUCUCACCCAAUCAGUGUCGAGUGACGGACAAACUGUAUUAAAAGCCAAUGAUCCACAGCCUAUAGUAAAAUAUCAAGGAGUUAAGAAAAAUAGUAGAAAGUCGACUAAAAAUCAGAAUUCGAAUAAAAACCAACAAAUAAAUAAUAAUUCAUUUAACGGUGCAAUCAAGAACCCUGCUGGGCAUUCGAGUACAUCGUAUUACAGCACUUCCCCAAUGAUGGAUCAAUUUAAAUUUUUUGAAAAUUUCAGCAAAUAUAUUCCUGGAUUUUCCAAUAUGAGAAUUGAAUACAUUUGAAAGUAAAAGAGGUGCAUUUAAAUUUUAUAAAAAUGGCCAUGCAGAAUCACAGUUUAACAGAAAAUUAUAUUAUUUUAUAAAAUAAUGAUCACUAUACUUAUGUAAAAAAUACACACAAAUAAUUUAAUUCAAA